GAGAGAGAAAGAGAGAGGAAAGAGUCUCCUUUAUGAGAGAGAAACAGACCCCAAGUCUUUUAGAGUGAGAAAGAGACCAGUUUUCCACAGAGAGAGCGACCAAUGUUUUUUAAUAGAAAGAGACGCCAAGUUUCACAGAGGAAUGAAUCAGGCUUUCUUGUGAGAGAUAUAUAAGGCCAAGUUUAGAGAGAGAGUCAUUGCUUGCCUAGAAAGGGACCCAAGUUUUCUCGAAAGAGGAGCAGAAAGGAAGAGAACCCAUUUUUACGAGUCUUUGAAGAGAGAGAAAGAACCCAAUCUCUGUUUUACCAGUCCUUGAAGAGAGAGAAAGAGGCAAAUAUCAAAGAUACAGAGACCAUCCUUAGAGACAACCCAAUAUGCAGUCUUGUUCAACAAAUGGUUCCAUGUCUACUGUGUCGAAAGUGGACACAGGGGGUUUGACAGAGCAGGAUUAUAUUGGUUUAUCGGAGGUGACCUCUUACCCCAAGUCCUCUGUGUUAAAAGAAGCCAUGAAUGGGCUCCAGGAAGAGGAACUGAACUUGGGUUUGAGCUUAACUUCGUCUUCUUGUGGGGUUAAGAGAGGGGUCUUAGAAUCUGAGUUCUCCAAGGGUCGGUGGGGUGGUAAUGCUAAUUGGAUUCAGACCCAAGAGAGAGAAAGAGGUACGAGGUUUCUGACUGCAAAGGAUUUUCCUGGUUCGAGCGGUGGCUGUGGAGCAAAGAGGGUUCACAAUGAUUCGUCGGUUCAGGAGGUUACUUCGGUUCCCAGCAAUCAGGUGGUGGGCUGGCCUCCUAUUAGGGCAUAUAGGAUGAACAGCCUUGCGACCCAAUCUAGGGUUCCUGUUGUGGAGAACAUUGAGAGCAACUAUGAUGAUAAAAUGAGCAGCACCAAUACUAUUAAUAAGAAGAGUGAGAACAUCAAUAACAAUAACACGGCAAUUCAGAGGGCCGAGAAAGUGAUAACCCAAUUUGUGAAGGUGAAUAUGGAUGGACUUCCUAUAGGCAGGAAAGUGGAUCUCAAUGCUCAUGGCUGUUAUGAAACACUGGCUCAAGCUCUGGAGGACAUGUUUCAGUCCCCUACAGCAACUUCCAUCCGCCAAACUGGGGUGCACAGUGCCUUGGAGAAGGAGCACGGGGGGCUAAGUGUUGAGUCCAAGGCAUCUAAACUUUUGGAUGGUUCCUCUGAGUUUGUUCUCACCUAUGAAGACAAAGAAGGAGACUGGAUGCUCGUGGGAGAUGUUCCAUGGGGGAUGUUUUUGAGCACUGUUAAGAGGCUUAGAAUCAUGAGAACAUCCGAAGCCAAUGGACUCGCUCCAAGGUUUCAAGACAAGGGGAUCAGGCAGAGGUGCAAGCCUGUUUAGCCAAUUUUCACACUACAAAAGAAAUAUCAGAUUUUUAACAGGAUGAAAGAAGUAUUAAUGGAGGUUUUGGGGGGGUCUUUAUCACUUACCCGCUUGUUUGGUCUCUUGUUCUUUUCUUUUUUUGGGUUGAUUUCCCCAUCUUCAUGGUUUUUUGGGCCAGGCUUUCUUUCCAUUUUUUUUUUGUUUUUUGCUUUCUUGAUGUAAUGCCUUAAGAAUGAAUAUGCACACAUAGAAAUAUAUAGGUAGUUACAAUGUUAUGAUGGGUUUUGAAUCAUACACUGUAAAUGUAAAGUGUUUGGAAGGAGAAUUUAUGAUGAGAGAGGAAGUAGUGUGAAGGCUUCCAUUUUCGUUUUC